GGUGGGUGGGGGGGGUGGGGGGGCGGCUCACCCGCCCGCCCGCCCGGCGCCGCACCCGGCACCGCACCCGGCACAGGGAUUUACGGCGCGGACUGCAGCCUCCGUAGCGGCCCCCGCAGGGAUGGAGGGAUGUGUAUACAGCUGGGAGCGGCAGGAGCAUGGCACAACCCCGUCGUGAUAGGUGUGAAGGUGAUUCCCUGUGAGGACACAGUGGGACCCCGCAGACUCCAGAGGAGCACAGGGUCUCACUGGGAAGAGGAAAGCUCCCUUUCCUUGCCUGCCAGCCAGGCCUGCCUGCUGCCCAGUCACCUACUGCAUUUCCAGAGAUCUGUAUCGGGAUCUGGGGCUUGGAGCCUGGAGGUGCAUUAGUGCUGUAGGAUCACUGGAGACCCUGACAACGAUGGGGGACCUGCCGCAGAGGAGGGACAUCCCUCGAGGAGGCCCUGCACCUCUGUAAGCCCUGGCUGCUGGUGACAGAGGCUGAGCUGGGGCUGGGCUGCUCAGCCAGCUGAGGCCUGGGGGCAGAGGCACGGUGCUUGCAGGGCACAGCCAGCGAAGGGUGAAGAGCUGGGGACAGGGUCUGUAGGGGCAGCCCAGAGCCCCAGGAGAACAGGACCGCAGGGAGAGCAGGGCUGCCAGCUGAGCUGCUGCUCCUCCAGGGACCUCUUCCUGGGGUUGGGGGACAGAGCAGCCCUUGGUCCCUGGGCUCACCACGGAUGUGCCCCCGUGCCCCGCCAGCAGGACUGCUCCCCUAGUGCCAGUGCAGAGGGAGGUCCGCUCAUCUCACCAUGGUGCUGCCACCGCCUGACAAGCGCCAUGUCUGUCUGACCACCAUCGUCAUCAUGACCAGUAUGGCCUUCAUGGACGCCUACUUGGUGGAGCAGAACCAGGGGCCCCGCAAGAUCGGCGUCUGCAUCAUUGUGCUGGUGGGGGACAUCUGCUUCCUCAUCGUGCUGCGCUAUGUGGCAGUGUGGGUGGGGGCGGAGGUGAAGACAGCCAAGAGGGGAUACGCCAUGAUCCUGUGGUUCCUCUACAUCUUCGUGCUGGAGAUCAAGCUGUACUUCAUCUUCCAGAAUUACAAAGCGGACAAGAAGAACCUGGAGACAGUGGCCAGGAAAGCCCUGACCCUGCUCCUCUCCAUCUGUGUGCCGGGGCUCUACCUGGUAUUGGUGGCCUUAGACAGCAUGGAGUACAUACGGACCUUUCGGAAGAAAGAGGACUUACGGGGGCGCCUCUUCUGGGUGGCCCUUGACCUGCUGGAUAUCUUGGACAUCCAGGCCAACCUGUGGGAACCUCACAGGACUGGCCUGCCCAUCUGGGCAGAGGGGCUCAUGUUCUUCUACUGCUAUAUACUCCUCCUGAUCCUGCCUUGUGUGUCACUCAGUGAGAUCAGCAUGCAAGGGGAGCACAUUGCCCCGCAAAAAAUGAUGCUCUACCCUGUCCUCAGCCUGGUCACUAUUAACAUUGUCACCAUCUUCAUCCGGGCCAUCAACAUGGUCUUGUUCCAGGACAGCAGGGUCUCCACCAUCUUUAUUGGCAAGAACAUCAUCGCGAUCGCCACCAAGGCGUGCACCUUCCUCGAGUACAAGCGGCAGGUGAAGGAGUUCCCCCAGAAUGCCAUCGCCCUGGAGCUCCAGCAGAACUCCCUCUCCCACAACCAGACCAUCCACAGCACACAGGGCAUCCCCCACGAGCCAUCGCCCACCAGCGAGAUUCUUGACACAUGAGGGAUCACCCCCAGCCGAGCGUUGGUUCAGAUAGCCCUGUGCGAGCGGAGGUGGGAUGCUGCUCUCUUGCUGCGUGGGGUGAGCGCGAUGAACAAAUCCUGGCAGCAAGGGCUCUUCUAGGCACAAAAUACCAACCAUGUUUUAAUCGAGCUAUGGAGUGUCCCCUAGACGUCUUCAUCUCAGGUAUAACCCUAGGAGUCCUCCAGACAAACCAAAUGAACUUGCAAAGGACCUGAACCAGCUAACCUUCUUUCUCCCUCCUGCUACCUUCUCCCCCCCUGAGCAAAGACCACUAAGGUUGCAAUGUCCCUUUUUACUCCUCAAGCACCUCACCUUUACUCCAAGCCUGGAAUUAAGAUUUUGUUACCAGAAACCUUUUUAUGGAGUGGGGACAGGGGCAUAGGUGUACGGGUUGGGGGGAAGGGUGGGAUGUCUGAACCAGUAAACCCUGUGAUAGUAGAUGUCUCUUAUCUCCAAUGGUUGUGUUUACAGUUUCCUAUUUAUAACGGCUCCUGGGGGCCAGGGGCCAGUGUCCUUGCGGUCAGCAGUGGGCAAGAGCAGCAAGCCCUGCGGUGGGGAGCGGGGCCGGGGCCAGCAUGGCUCCCCUGCCCCAGGACGAGGGGGAAUGUGCCUCCACCGGAGCACUACACCAACUCUGCUGGGAGCAAUAUUUGACAAGCUAAAGCUAAUCCAAUGCUGAUGUUUUAUGUAUUUCAUUCACUCCAAGCAACUCAGCACAAUAUUUCUAUUUUUAGAAGGGUCUCUCUCUCUCUCUCCCUGCCGUUGCAAGCCUCCCUGCCUGCAGCAGCCAGUGCAGCUGCCCUGGCCCCGUCGGCACUGCUGCAGGCAGGCACGGGCACCCAGGAGGGCUUAGUAAUAAGGAUGGCAACAAUGCAUUUCACUCUGACAUCGAGCGUUUAUAAAGAGGGCUGCUUUCCACAGCUACUAUAUUUUUAAAAUAAAAAAAAAAUAAAAAUAAAAAAAAAGAGCCAGGAAGGACGCGCUGUCCUGGGCAGGUGGCUGGGCUCAGGGCUGGGCGUGGGUCUCCUCUGCUGAUGUGUGCGGUGUCGAGGCGCGCGGCUGGCUGCGGGCAGCGGGGCAGGAGGUGAGGGCCAGCCGAACAAUAAAAGCCCCAUGAGAGGAGUGGCUUCUGGUGGUCUCUUUUCUGCCAGCGUGGGGAGGGAGGGGGGCAGUCUGCCGGGGGUCAUCUCCCACAUAGCCAAAUCAUUUAUCUCCUCCUAUAUCCAGCUCCCAUGGAGCCCCAAGCACUGUCCUGAGGUGCUGUGCCCCGCAUUCAUCGACAGAAAGCCUUAUCAGCUGAAAGGCUGCCCUAGGGGUAGGGCACCUCUCAGCUGCCUUCGCCUGGAGGGACACACAAGGGAGAUAAGCAAAAAAGCUGCAUCUCAAACACGCUGAAACAGGAUCUUUUUGCUUUUUGCUAAACUAAACAUUUAAUUUUGAGGAGACAGAAAUAAAAUGCCUGGUGCUGUUUACAUUUCUCUUCCACAUUUUCUCCUGGCUCUGCUUAACAAAUUUGACCUAAAUCCACAAAUCAUUUUGGUCUAAUAUUUUCAGCCCAUCAUGAUCUGUCCAGAAUAUUUCACCCAGCCCUGAUCCAGCCUUCCAAAUUUAGGACCAGCCAAUCACAGCCCUACUUGGCCACACUGUCACCCAGGGAUGACACUGGGGGUGUGGGUUCUCUACUGGGAAUAAAUCCACUGAGAAACAAAAUGGUAUCUUUGCCAACAAAAGUGAGUUUGCAAUAGAUUUAGCCAACUGAAAAAGUUUCUUCCUCCUUUCCCUCAGAGAACAAGAGAGGAAGAGGGCAGGUGAUUUAAAAGGUAUUAGCAGAAAUUAAUUAAAUUGCUAAAUUAUUCUGGAAUACCUAUGGAAUUACAUAUUACAUGUCUACUGGUGCCAUUAAAAUACAUGCGAUUAACAUCAGUACAAUUAACUCUCAAGUAUCUAAUAACAUUCUGCCACUCUUUUAGGUAGGUAAUUAAUUUAUGAGCUUUUGUUUUACAGCUCUUCCCCAGAACCGAGUGGAGGAAAACCUGCAGGUGCUGGAAGUGCAGCGCUCCUGGCGCCAGCACGGUGCUGUGCAGCCUGGGGCUAGGAUGUGCCGGUUUGGGCAGCACCCAGCAUCAGGCUGCACCCGCGGCGGUAUUUUCUCCUGGGGAUAAAAUAAAUUACCCGGGAGUUACUCUGACAGGUUGUUGCAUGUAUUUUUGUUCUGCCUCAGCCUGCUACCUAGCUCUCCAGCCAUGCCUUAUAUUGGGUUAAGUUAAUAUUCCCUUGAAUCUUAUCUGUUGCUAAGGUUGCCCUGGGGGAUGUCUGGCUAUGCUUCCUGGAUGGAGCCUGCAUGGAUGGGGAAUAGUGCUUUAUCCUCCCGGUGCCAUAACCUCUGAGCAGGCUUAAGAGUCCCCACAACCUUUGCCCUAAGGCUGCAAGGCCCUGCUCUCCACUGGUGACAUGGGGUUGUUGUGGUUGUGGAGAGGGGUGUUGUUGGGGAAGGGCUGCCCUGAGCCCCUGCGUUAGGAGCAGGUGUGAGAAGGGAGGUCCUGGAGGUGAUGCUCACCUGGGAUGCAGUGCACUGCACCGCUCCCGUAAAGGCAUCUGAGCUCACUGGUGCUCGAAGCCUGCUCUGUGGCGAAGGGAGGGAGGAGAGGCUUUUCUCAUCUUCUGCGGUUCAACGUCCCCCAGGGGCUCUGUGUGCAUCAUGUUUCAGACUGAGCAACACAACCAUCUUGAAAGCAAGUGUUACGAUCUGGCCCCUCCACAGCAGCUGCUGAAGGAAGGCUGGGAAGCAGAGGAGAGGAGAGUUAGCUGGCAAAGGUGGCACAGCAAGCAUCUGUGAGCAGAGGGGAGACCCAGCACUGCCUGCAAAGACCUUGGAGACAUGGAGAAAGUGCAGCAAUGGGUGUACUGCAAAUGUUCCUUGCCUGGUGCUUGUGAGGGCAAUGCAAGCUGCCACCUCCUCCCUGAAAUCCAGUCCUGCCCAGCACAGGCAAGACCCCUGGGAGCCAUGGGACCAGCAGGAAGGACAGCAUGGUGGUGGUGGCUGUGCAGGAUGACAGGCACCCAGCUUGGUUGUUGGGUGGGGGUGUGAUAUUUUGCUGCUGGCGAUGAGAACUAAAGGAAACAAUUAAAUUUAAACAGGAUGGAACUGA